AUGCCACGUAAGCUACGUAAGAAUAUACGUAAGAGGAAGGGAGCAUUGAAACAUCCAAUAGUAAAACUGACACCACAACAACAGUUGCAACAACAAAUGAUGAAUGACCCCACUAUGUUGCAACAAAUGUCAAGCAACCCUAUGCUUUUAAACCGAGUUAUUGGUGCACAGAGUGGAGGUUUAAGAGCGGCACUUUUAGCGAAAAUGGCAGGCUAUGGUGGAGCUGCAGACGGAACAGCUUAUAACCCUCAAAGUCAAAUGAAUUUGAGUUCACUCAAAAAUCAAAUAACAGAUGUCAAAAAGUCAAACAUAGACAUACAGAAACAAAUAAGUGAAAACGAAAAGAAACUAGAAUAUGACAGACAGACAAAGAAACUAAAUGAGUUAAACGUAGAGAAAAAGAAGAAAGAAGAACAACUGAAAGAACUAAGUACAGAGGAAUA